AUGCCGAAUUUGUUCAAAAUUCCUCCACGUUUAUUCACCGAUGCUCACAUCGUUUUAUAUUGGCUCAACACUCCUCCACAUUUACUCAAAGUUUACGUUGCCAAUCGUGUUGUAGCCAUUCAACAAAUUACUCAACAAAUGUGUUGGUCUUAUAUUCAUACUUCUGUCAACCCUGCUGAUAUCGCAUCUCGCGGACUGACCCCUGAUCAGUUUUACAAAUCAACUCAACAUGACUUGUGGUUUCACGGACCACCGCUAAUUUCGGAGCCUCUCAGUCAGUGGCCCCCUCCUUUUACGGAUACAAUUUCCAAUAUUGCUGAGCUGCCCGAAAUUAAACCCUUGGCUCUCGCAGCCAAUUUAAUUGCUCCUGAUCAAAUGUUAGAAUUAUUUUCUCGCUUUUCGUCAUGGACGCGUUUGAUCCGAGUAGUCGCAUGGAUGCUUCGUUUCAUCAAACAGUGUAAAGCACGCCUACAGCAUCUAGAACCCAUUUCUGGUCCGUUGUCCGUCACUGAAUUAGAUUUCGCGAAAAUCAAAAUCAUUCAUAUAACUCAAAAACAUUAUUAUUCCUCCGAAAUUCAUUUGUUAUCCGCUCAUAAAGCUCUUAAAGGCAGUCUCAGCUCGCUCAGUCCGUUUUUAGAUUCUUCUUCCAUAAUUAGAGUGGGUGGUCGCCUCGACCACUCCCCACUAUCUUCAGCUUCCAAGCACCCCAUUUUAUUGCCCAAAGUGGCACACAUCUCCCAAUUAAUAUGCGUUCAUGCUCAUUUGUGUUCUCUUCAUUCUGGGCCCAGAGCAGUCCAAGCUUCUGUUCAAGCUCUUUAUUGGAUUCCCGGUCUUCGUGGUCUCGUUAGGAAAGUGAUCCGUAACUGUCCCACAUGCUACAGAUUUCGUGCUGUGCCCUUCACGCCUCAAAUGGCAGCUUUACCCGAAUCUCGAGUCACCCCCUCGAAACCAUUUUCUCAUACCGGAGUCGACUUCGCCGGUCCAUUUGUUGUUAAAUCCGGCAACCCACGUAAACCUCGUUUAACAAAAGGUUAUCUCUGCAUUUUUGUGUGUUUUUCCACAAAAUGUGUCCAUCUUGAGUUCGCUUCAGAACUCACUACUGAAUGCUUUCUAGCAGCACUGGAUCGAUUUGUAGCUCGUCGGAGUCUUCCAUCCGACAUAUAUUCCGAUCAAGGUCGGAAUUUUCUUGGCGCCUCACGCCUUUUAAAUGAAAUUUCUAUUUUCUUACAAGAAAAUCGCGAGAACAUCUCCGAUUAUUUGUCUCUUAAAAGUAUACAAUGGCAUUUCAACUGUGCAUAUGCACCUUGGUUCGGGGGUUUAUGGGAAGCUGGCGUCAAAUCCGCCAAAUCGCUCCUCAAACGCAUGUUCAAGGAAUCUUCCUAUUCCGUUGAAGAUUAUUUCACGAUAUUCGCCCGCAUUGAAGCGGUGUUGAACAGUCGCCCACUGUGCGAUCUAACCCCUGGACACUUUCUUAACGGCACCCCCUUGACCUCGUUGCCCGAGCGAUACCCACCGUGUGAACAGCCCGUUCGUGACCGUUGGCUGAACCUGCGACGCUUGGUUCAAAGUUUUUGGAAACGUUGGUCGAAAGAGUAUUUAAAUACUUUAAUUCAAAGAAACAAAUGGAAAUCGCCUGCCGCCACCCCUGAGGUUGGGGAUGUCGUAUUAGUAAAAGGGGAUCAAACUCCCCCACUUUCUUGGCCUAUUGGUCGUAUAAUCAGACUUCACAUGUCUGCAGACGGUAUACCUCGUGUUGCCGAUUUAAAACUUGCGGAUCAGCAAGUAGUUACUCGGGCGGUCGCCAGACUGCUUCCACUGCGUGGGUCGAUCGAGUAA